UUCAACCAAGCUUCUCGCAUCGACGGUCAACAGAAGAAUCACGGAGUCAGUCUCAUGGAAUGAAGAUUCGGUGGGAACGGUCGGUUGCACCGCUCACCCCCUCAUCAUCCGCUCACUGACAGAGAGAGACAGGGGGCCCAAGAGCGGGCAGGACGACGAGAGCGGGUGACGGGCGACGGGCGACGUCCAGCUGUCGGUUGCGGGAGGACAAGUGCCACGCGGCGGGAAAAGGACACUUUGCUGCGGCGUCGCUAACGGCCGAUUUUAUCCAGUCGGAGUGGACUUUUCCUUCCAUGGGCUGGGGAGUGGAGGAUCGUUCGGGUCUGGUCGCUCGUUCCCCUCCCCUGGGUACCCGCCAGGAGGGGGAGUGCAUCGCAGGCGCUCGCUCGCUCGCUGUUCAUGGGAGCCCGGUCUGAUUCGGGCGAGCAGCAUCGAGACGACGGAGGAUCGAUAGACUGACUGCGGAUUGCGAGUGUGCGAGGAUGGCUGCCACUGCUGCUGCUGCUGCUGCGGCUGCGGUUUCCUCGACGGCUCGUUGGUGGGCUGGCAUUGGCAAGGGGGACACGGAGUGCUGCGGCAGCAGAAGCAGAAGCGUCGCUUGCAGAUCCACCACUACCACCUUCAGGACGCCAUCGCCAUCGCAGCUGACGUUGCGUGCGAAGAGGUGCGGCUAUCGAAGGGUUGCCUGUCAGAAAUGAAUAGAGGAAUAUUUGGGGUUCCUGCUCCGAGAAAAGCCGAGAUCGAAGAUAUUUGGUCAACACUGGUGGGCAUGAAUCCCUGUGCAAGACCCACAGAAAACCUCGAUUUGGUCAAAGGUGAAUGGAGGCUCCUGUACAGCACCAUCUCCAUUCUGGAUGUGAAACGAACAAAGCUAGGACUCAGAGACUUCAUCGCAUUGAGGGACUUUCUCCAGAUUAUUGAUGUGGACCAGGUUGUUUUGUGAACAUUGUCAAGGCAGAGGAGACCAAUCAACAAGAUAGGAUUUAAUGUGACACGGCUUGGCAUGUUGAGUGGGUGCACUCACUGUCGAAGCUUCUUACACCAUCGGAUCCCCAACGCGAGUAAACGUUCAGUAUGAAAAUUCCGCCAUCGCUCCAAAGCAGGUACUUUAAAUCAUUUUGCUUUCAGAAAAGGUUCAUUCCAAUGUAGUUCGUUUGUUUUGCUUCGGAUGUUUCAGUUAUAUCCAUUCCGAUUGAGUUUGUUCCUCUAAUAUCAAUAGUUAUGUUCUGUUGAAUACGGUCAUGGCCACCCCCAGGUGAUCAGUUUUCGUGCUAACAGUGUAUUAUUCAAUUGCAGCUUUUUUCUCUUUUUCAGAAAAAUUAUGAUUUGCUUCUAAGUAUUUUCAACCCAGAUUAUCAUGACAAACCGACAACACGUUAUGUCUGUUGUGGACUAUUAAGACUUAUAUCCAUCAUAUGACUCGUGGAGAAGAUUAAGUCGUUAGCCAUACCUGACACUGCUAACCGCACUGUCACAAACUUGAAAGCCGAUCUGAGUACACAUGCUUUUCUCAUAGGCAGCCACUACCAGCUUAGAAUACUAGGUGCAGUUUAGUUUCCCUAUGUAAAGCUUUGGAACAGCUUGAUUCGGGCAGAAGGUGCAAGGGAAAGGUUGAAUGAUCACAUGAACCCCUCCCAAAUUGUGUGAAAUAUCGGCAUUGCAACUGGUUAGAAUUGUUUAAAAAGGC